AUGAAGCCCUGGAUUCUCGCCUUCCUAGCCCUAUCAGCCUGCGCUCUGGCCCAGGAGACCGAAACACCCGGUCCUUCUCCCACCGAGUCUGUUGGCUGUGAACCGCACGGAGACCACUGGCACUGCGACGCCCCAGCAACAUCUACAGAGACUGAUUUGGAGUCAACCUCUGAGACCCUGCCACCAAGCCCUACAGAGUCGAUUGGCUGCGAACCGCAUGGAGACCACUGGCACUGCGAUGCGCCAGCCACAACGACCGAGUCCGAGUCCGAGUCCGAUGCAACAUCCACCUCUACCACCACUGCCACUGACGGCGAGGCAUCUGAGUCCGAAUCUGCCAGCCUCUCGCCGAGCCCAACUGAGUCCGUUGGCUGUGAGCCACAUGGAGACCACUGGCACUGCGACGGUCCUGCUGAGACGGAGAGUGCGAGCAGUGACAGUAGCAGCUCAGCUGCGGCCGACGCCACUGCUACUGACGAAGCGGGUGCCGAGGAGACCGGUGGCGAGCAGCCAGAAGACGGAGCCGGGAUUGUCGGUGUGAAGUUGUCGGGUGUGGUGGCUAUGGCCAUUGGGGCCGCUGCUGUGCUGCUGUAA